UUGUGUCACUCUUGCCCCCCUUUUCAAGUUUGGAACAGGAACGCACGGGAUUUGCAUCUGGAAAGCUCUGGUCCACGCCUUCAUCGAGACUACCCUCACAACCCAAGUGUCUCAACAUCGCCGUAGAACCAAAAGAAACGCUUGUUUUUGUAUGACGGCAAAUAGUCUACGUCGAUGGGACUGCCUUGUGUGAUUUCCAUUCAGCAGCGUAAUAGUUAAAGCAGUGCCGAAUGCGUUGUUUUAUGUUGUAUGUGGUGCCCUCACUCCAGCAGCAGACCGCUACAGUAGGAAGAUGGCGUCGGAGGGAGCGAGCGGGGAACAGCCUCCUCCGAUACAAACACUGGCGACCGCAAUUCAUGGAGGUGUCGAAGCGAAAUGCGAGUUGAAUGUGGAUAACCUGAGCAAGCCGGAGCUCCUGACUCUGCUGAGCAUCAUGGAGGGGGAGCUGGAGGCACGAGACCUGGUGAUUGAGGCCCUCAGGGCCCGUAGGAAAGAGGUCUUCCUGCAGGAGCGGUAUGGCCACUUCAGCCUGACGGACCCCUUCCUUGCCCUGCAGCGAGACUUUGAGGGCGAAGGCGGAGGCGGAGGGGGCGGGGAGAAGGAGCGGCGGCCCGUGGGCACCAACCCCAUGGCCAUCCUGGACGCCGUCAUGGCACACUGCCGCAAGAUGCAGGAGAGGAUGAGCGCCCAGCUCGCCGCCGCCGAGAACCGCCAGAAAAGGCUGGAGUUGGAGAAGAUGCAGCUGCAGGGUCUGGAGCAGGAGCAGAGGAAGCUGUCAGCACAGCUCAAAGACGAACGAGAGAAGAACAAACAGGUGGUGAUGCUGCUGGUGCGUGAGUGUAAGCAGCUGGCGUCGCGGGCGUCUGAGGAGGGCCAGCGGGCGGAGGAGCUGGGGGCGCGGCUUGAGGAGGAGGGGAGGUGCCAGGGACGCCUGGAGGAGCAGCUGGCACAGGAGAGGAGGCGCGGACAGCAGAUGGAGGCCGAGAUGGAGAAGCAGCUGUCCGAGUUCGACACAGAGCGCGAGCAGCUUCGUCAGAGGCUGGGCCGCGAGGAGGCGCGCGGAACCGAGCUGCGCUCCGAGAGCGACGGCCUACGACGGCAGCUGGAGCAGCUGAGGACCAGCGCAGGAGCAGGAGCGACCCCCGUCACGCCCGUCCCCGCCACCCCCGUCACGCUCAAGCCCAAGACCUCCACGGCGUCGGUGGCGGUGGGCACGGAUCCGGCCAGCUGCCGGACCGCCGCGUCCCAAACGGAUCCGGCCGCACAGGAGACGGCGGCGCCAGAGCCCCACAGGAAGGGGCCUCCCGUCAGCAUCCCCGUCAAGCCCACGCCCGCCUCUGCCACCAACUACCCAGUCAUCAGCCUGCCCAAGACGCCCAGCGUGGGCCGGGGGCUGGUGCACAUGGCCGGGCCGCAGGCGGAGAACGGCGGCAGUGGGGGAGGGGGCGGCGACUCCACGCCAACUGCCGCCUCCGCCGCCGCCCUGCCCACCGGCGUCAGCCCCCGCGUCCAGGCCGCCCGCUUCAAGUUCCAGGCCUCUCCGAGCGAACAGGACCAAAACGGCACGUCAGCAGGGGCGGGGGUGGGGCCGGGGGCGGCGCACGGCCACAGCCAGAGCCCGCCCUCGCGUGACCUCUCGCCCAACAACCGGGACAACUUUGCUGCCAAGCAGCAGGCGCGCCACACCGUCACCCAGGUGCUGUCGCGCUUCACCAGCCCGCCCGCGGGCGCCGUGGGGCCCAGUGGUGGCGGUACCGGGGGCGGGGGAGGCAUGCGCCCCGGCCUGCCCCACUCGGCCUCGGAAGGGGGCCCCUUCCCCGGGCGCCUGGGCAUGGGCAUGAAGGGCGGGCCCCGGGUGGACCGCGGCAACCCCCCGCCCAUCCCGCCCAAGAAGCCGGGCCUCUCGCAGACGCCGUCCCCUCCGCACCCGCCCAUCAAGGUGCUGCCCGAGAGCAGCCGCUCGCCGGGCGUGGGCCUGGGCAUGCUGCCGGGCAAGGUGGGCACCCCCACGCCGCAGCUGCCGCCCAAGCCGGCGCUGGAGCUGGGGGGCGCGGUGCCAGCCCUGACGGCCUCUCAGGUGGGUGCAGUAGCGGCGGCGGGCACUUGCCCAGGCUGGCUGGCAUCAUCCGCAUGCUCUGGAGAGUGUUACCCUGAUACCACCACCACCACCAUGUCUUCCAUACCCACAUCCACCACCACCACCACCACCGCUGCCAUUGUCCGUAGCCCCUCCACCACCACCCCCGCUAGUGCUCCACCCCGUAGCCCCCGAGACCCGGGCAGUCCCCUGGCAACAGCAUCAGUCCCCCCGCUAACAUGCGGUGACCCCGUCUCCCUGGACGACGGGCCCACCCUCCUCCUACUCCAAGCUGCUUCCCAGGGAAAUGUCACUUUAUUGUCAAUGCUGCUUAACCGAGACCCAACAACUACAACCAACACCACCAACACCACGACAGACACCUCGCCUCCUCCUCGCCUCCAACAUCAACCACCCAGACCCCAUCCAGACCCAGAACCAGACCCAGACCCAAACUCUGCUGCCUUAUUCGCUGCUGCUCAAAAUGGACACACAGACUGCGUCAAGCUGCUGCUAAGCUCGGGGGCGUCCGCUGACGUUCCGGAUGAAAACGGAUUCCUUCCUCUGCACACGGCCGCCGCACACGGACAUCACCAGUGCGUGGAGGUGCUGGCUCUUCACACCUCGGACGUGGACGUGAGGGCGGUGGGCGGGGAGACCCCCCUCUACCUGGCCAGUGAGGCCGGCAGCCUGGAGUGUGUCAGACUCCUGCUGGACGCCGGCGCAGACCGCACACACACCACCAACGACGGCUGCUCAGCUCUGCAUGCGGCGGUCGGCUCGGGCCACGUGGGCACACUUCAGCUGCUGCUGUGCCACCCGGGGGCCAACCAACACCAACACCACCACCACCACCACCCCCAGAGCCCUACUGCCCCCCACUCCCCCCCUCAUGCCCACCCCCACGCCCCCUCUCACCCCCACCUCCACCCCCUGCAGCCCCUCGCCUCCCUCCUCAACCAGCCCAAUAGGGACGGCUGGACCGCCGCACACAUCGCUGCUGCCAGGGGCUUCAAGAACUGCCUAGGGGUGUUGUGUGCCCACAGUCACCAGGACAUCGAGACCAGGGACAAGUGCAACCGCACCAUCCACGACGUGGCCACCGACGACUGCAAAGACCUCCUAGAGAACCUCUACUCCUACCGGGUGGCGGUGCAGGUGCAGACGGGGCUGAGCGAGCGCCUGUGUCCCCUGGAUCAGCUGGAGGACGACGGCGCCGCCCUGGUGGUGGGACUGGUGACGGUGCAGCGCCACACGCGCUGGGACGAGCUGGGCCACGCCCUCAACGACCUGCUGACCAAUCACCUGCAGCUACUCUGCAAGGGGUGGGACCUGUGGGAGGGCCCCACUGCACUGACGGACACGCCCCUGGGCCUAUCAGCUGACAGCAUCGCCUCGGUCACCAUCGGAGACACCAUUUGGUUCCCGGGGGAGGAGUUGGCCCAGUCGCCAUGGGACCUGAUCCGGAAACACCUCAGUCAGCGAAUCAACAUCCGCCUCAGAGGGCUGUCAGAGUCUGCGCUGGAUGAGAUGGCCUUCCACUCCCUCAUGCCCCUACAGCUGCUGCAGAACUACACAAGACUGGUGGAGCAGUAUGGUAACGUCAUCUUCCACGGCCUGGAGGGAAGCUGCCAGGACUACAUCGCCACUCAGAUCUCUCACUGCAUUAAGUGCAGGCAGGAGGCCGUGGGUGUGGAGUGUGAGGUGGUGAGAGUGGAGGUGGACGAAGGCCUCUCCAAGAGCCAACUGCUGGAGACCUUCAUCAACUGUGGGUUCCUGGUGCCGGUGCGUGAGUCCUGUGUGUCUGGUCGUGUAGUAGUACUGCUGGAGGGCCUGGAGAGGGCGCCGUCUCUGAGUGAGCUGCUGGGAGACCUGUGUCAGGCUCUGGAGAACCGCGGAGCCAUCUGCUCCCUCUCACCUCAGCACGGUCAGGACGGGCUGUACUACUUCCAGGAGGGUGCCUACCUGAUUGGCUCCCUGGCCAAGCCCCGCCUCCAGGGGGCGGAGCUGCACCUGCAGCAGCAUUUCCGCUGGGUGCAGCUGCGCUGGGACUCGGAGCCGCUGCACGGCCUCCUGGGGCGGCACCUGCGCCGCAAGCUCCUCCACAAGACCCAAGGGCAGCCGUGGGCUCCAGAGGACCCCCUCCACAGGUCUCUGUCCUGGGUGUGCUCCGUGUGGCAGCAGCUGAACACCUGCCUCUCCCGCCUGGGCACCCCGGAGGCCCUCCUAGGACCCCGCAUCUUCCUCUCCUGCCCCGUGGUGCCCGAACACACGCACGCCAUCGUCAAGUGGCUGGCUCGUCUAUGGAAUGCGGUGGUGGUCCCUCGUGUGGAGGAUGCGGUGGUUUCCAGGGUAAUGGCCAAGAGGUCCUCCGUAUCCCAGCGCCGCUCCUCAUCCUCCUCCUCCAGCAGCAGUGGCGGUACCAGGAGCCUCAGCCCUGGGCAGCGAGCCGUCCUCAGGGCCGCACUCAACAUCCUGCUCAACAAGGCUGUGGUGCAGAGCUGCCCCCUGCCACGCACAGAGAUUGACAGGCACCUGCAGGAGUUCCAGGGAGGGACGUUCCCGCUGUCGUCCAUGGGCGGCUCCUGUAAGAAGGCGGGGAGGAAGGGGCGGGACAGCGGCCAGUGGAGACGAGCCAAUACCAGCCCUCGCAAGAAGGGAAGUCCCGGCACUGGGUGGAGCUCUGGCGGCUCGCUACGGGAAGGUUCUCUCUCCAGCUCAGAGGUUCACCUCAUGUCUCCCAUCAGCUCCUCCAGUGACACGGCGGGCCUGUCCCUCUGCUCUGAUGAUGAGACGGACCUCCUAAGGGAACUCCAGACUAUGUGCUCCAGCAAGUCAGAGCCGGAUAUUAGCAAGAUUGCCCACUCCAGGGAGGACUUCAUUGUGUUUCCUGGCUCGUCACAUGGACAGACGCGGCUGAACAACAACAACAAUAACAACCGCAGUGAGCAGGUAGUCCCGUCCCAGGCCCGCGCCACCGCCACCGCCACCGCCACCGCCACUAUAGCUGCCCCCAGCAAAGAGUCGCCCUCCUCCAGACCCUCAGGACUUCACAUGACUGACAGCCGUCUGUCCAAGAGUGCAUUGUCCGCUCCAGCUACAGCCAAGUCCAGCAGCGCCUCCUCGAUCUCCUCCUCCUCCUCCUCGACCUCCAUCCCAUCAGCGGUGACGACCCCCGCCACAGCCACCGUGACCCCCCUCACCCCUCAGGGGGAGAGACGGGCCACGCGGCCAAAAUCGCAGCUCCCUGUGCCCAGCAGCAGGGGACCUCAGCGAGCCCCUAGUGCCCCCCGAGCAGCCAGCAGCAGCAGCAGCAGCAGUAGUAGUAUGUCCUCCCCCCACCAUGGCCAGAGUGCCGCCAGCCCCCGACCCCCCAGCAAAGCCCCCUCCUCCUCCUCCUCCUCCUCCUCCUCCUCCUCCUCCUCCUCCAGCAGCAGCAGAGCAAGGCAGGCUCAGCCCUCCUCUACACCAACCUCCUCCUCCUCCACCUCCUCCAACAACAACAACGCCCCAACAAACAACAAUAACAACAACAACGCCCUCAGCCAAUCAGCACGCGAGGAAAUAUGGAUCCUGCACCCAAAUUUGCAUGAAAACUACCACAACCAGGGGUAGAUGCAUAGACAUGAUAUAGCGUAAACACACGUCUAUAUAAUGUCUAUGAGUAGAAGCCUCGACUUAACUCGACCCCAAACCCUGACCCCCUAUACUGUACCUUCCUAGCCCCCGAAACAAAAGAGCCCCCAAAAUAGUGAUGAUAUCCCUCCAUGUUGUGAAGUUAGUUUUCUGACAAGCCUUUUAGUAUUUGUACUUGUUAUCAGUACUUGUUACACUAUAUUACAUUGUGUACUUGGGGACCAUAGUUUUAUUAUUAUUCUAUUAUACUAUUGAAGUAUUGAAGUUUUCGUGGACAGAUCAGAUGAAAACAACGAGAGCAAAUAAGCAGGGACAUGUCUCACAAAAAAAAGAAAUGCUUGAACAGCGUAUUUGCCUUUGGGCAAAACAAAAUGUUUUGGAUCAAAGCAAGAGAAGCUUUUUUGCUGUUAAGUAUUUUCAAAUAUUAAAAAGUGUUUUAUGUUUCAAUAGUUGCAAGGUUGGUUUAAGUACUGUCGACAUUAAUCAGGGUUUUACCAAAUAUGUGUAAAUAAGAAUUAGGAACUUUAAAUGGUAUAUAGAUUUAGUGUAUGUGGUAUUAUUAUGCUUGUACAGUAUAACUGAAAAGGCAAAAAAACAGGACAAAAAUAAUAUUGUACAUGUUUGUAAUAUGAAAAUUUGGUUCUUAACUUUUUUCACUUGUUUCAAAGUGAAUGGAAUGUGGCAAUAAGUAUCAUGAUUGCAAACACAGGACAUUUUAUUUUGUUUAGACUGUAAGC